CGCCCCUGCCUGGGGUGGGAGAUUCCACCUUUUUGACCAAGUACGAUCAAAAGCAAAUACUCCGAGUGCUUAUGAACAGUACACAUACAUAGUGGAAAGCUAAAAGGCUGAUUUGCCAGUAAAUUAAAGUACACAUCACUUCCUGAAUUGCAACUUGGAGCCAAAAAGGAGGAAAAUACGAGUACUUCAUAAACCAUUCCUUUGGUGGGUAAACAAAAAGCAACUUUAAAAGUUUUACUUUUCCCUCCAUUACAACAUCAUAAAUAUAGAAGCUGCUGAAUCAAAGACUACCCAACAAAAUGAACAUCAAUGCUCAUCCUCCACAGUCACCGGAAAUCAAUGAUAAUCCUCCUCUCUCACCUCUUUUGUCACCAUGCACUGAUUUGCAGCUAUAUAUUCCAGCAGCUCAUGAAACACAACAAAGAGACAUUAUUAGUGCUGUGACACAGAACCGAGGUAAAUAUCAUGUCUUGAAUUAUGAGGAAAAAAACAAUGAAGUGAAUACCCUUUUAGCAAAAUCUGUGAAUGGGAAGCUUAAGGGGGGUGUAAUACAAGCAGUGGCUAAUGAAUUUAAUGUGUCACGGAGAACAAUUUCUACCAUUUGGCAGCGAGUGCAAACACAAUUGAAAAAUGGAGAAGAAAUUGAUGUCUCAUCAAAGUUGAGGGGCAAUGUAGGCAGAAAGAGAAUUCAGUUAAAUCUGGAGCAAAUUAAAA